AUGCCAUUAUUCGUUCUGGGGUAUGGGCACACAGCCGCGCAUUACGUCCCUCGGAAUGUGGCGCAGCCAUCUGUAUGGAGAAGUGCCAGGGAUGGGAGCAGGCGCUAUGAGAGCACUGCUUACCGUGGACCUGCGUGGCCUCGCAUCCGCUCCGCUUCAACGCGCCCACCAUCUGUCGCAGUCUUGGUGCGUGAUUUUUCGGAAGUGGUGGCGUUGCUGAUGCAGGAUGAAUACGUGCGUUUAAUGACGGCCAGAGAAGCACCAACGCCUAAGAAACUGCUCGACAGCGUCAUGCAUUUGGUCCCUGAAUGCCAUGCCGUCGCUUCGGCGCAACGCCGUAUCGCCUUGGAGAAACUGACUGCCAUGCGAAUGGUGAAGGGGAGGGCAGUUUCGUUCAUCGAUACAGAGUGCAUCUUUGCAGUUAUGCACGACGGGCGCGAUCCAGCGGAUGUACUCGCAAGCUCGGUGCGAUUCGUCGAGAUAGUGAAGGCCGGCUACAAGGGUGUGAACCUGCGCGCGACCGGUCUAGACAACUUGGUGUCGGCGACGCCUGCUGAGCACGACUACCGCACUUUCCUCAUGCACUUCGCCAUGAGCGAAGGAUGGGUGAUGCAGCACGGCAAAUACGACUUCUGGGGGAAUGCCGACGCGCGCAAGGAAUUCGCGCAAUACAAGAUAGCGCAGCCGAUGCUGUACAACUACCAGCAGUUCCGCCACAUUGGUGGUGUGGAUGGCAUCGGCGCGGGCAUUCUGGCACAUGCUCUUGGCAUGUUAGCCUGGAGGAAUGCUGGCCAUCGUAGCGACGACGAAGACAUGAUCUACUACGGGCACAGGACCCAGUCGCCGCACGUCAGCGGACGUCAGGGGCGCACGCCGUCCGCCGGGGAUGACUCAGCGGGCCACGAGGAGACCGACAAUGAGACGGGUUAUCUGCAGUGGGCCGACCGUCUCGAUGUGGAGGACGCGCCAGAGGACACCGACGAAGAAACUGAGAGCGAACCAGUGGAUGAGGACGCCGAAGCUGCUGGUUGGCUGUUUGUUUCAGCUGAGCAUAGGCAGCACCGCCUGAUCUCCGAGGUUGUUGCGGCAUCGUCAAACGCGACUUCCACUGAGGCACGGCCCAGCAAUCGCGGACCUGCGGCGACUUCGGCGGGAGGUGCGGGCUCCGUUGCUCGCAAUGCCGCCCAGCCGGUGGACGCGGCAGUGGCAGCGCGUGUUAGGCUGCAGGAGCGUCGCAUCCUGGAACUGAACCAGACCAUCGAGCGUCUCGAAGGGACUCGGGCGGCAGCUGCUCGGGAGGCCGCAUCUCGGAAUGUGCCCCGUUCUGCACGCGCGCGCGAGGAUGAUGCAGAUCCACCACCGGCCACCAGGCAGCGCGUGUCGCCGUCGCAUGGGGUCAACACCGACACACGCCGUAACACCAGGUCGCCUCUGGUGGCGCAGGCCAUAGCCAGGGAGAUCCGUCAGAGCCACGCUGGCUCGCGGGCCACUCCUGCCAUACUUGACUGGGGCGACAAUCUUGAGCAGGGGAACAAGAUGAUCCCGACGCUGGAGGACGGAUUUAAGGGUGUGGUGGAGGACAGCAUCAGCAUUCUCGCAUACGACACGAACGUGGUGGUUAUGAACUUCUGGGUCCCCCCGGCGCUCGCAGAGCGGUGCGUCGCCCGCGCUCUCAAGCUCACAUCACCGAGAGAGCUCACACUGCUGCACAUGAUUUGGGGCGUCGACGAGAAGCGUGUGGCUUGGUUCACGCGCAUGAUGCAGGUUUGGCGCAACACCAAGUGGGAGCAGGGGAGGGCAUACGCGUACAUUCUGCACGGUCUCCCGUACGACGCUGGGGCGAAUCCGCGCAUCAACUUGCCCGUAAUCCCCGACGGGCAGGAGGUGGAGCGUAUCACACGUCGCGACUUCACCCCACGAUACAAGGCUGGGCCUGCCACCUUUGAGCUGAUGCCAUGGCAUCGCAAUGCCGCGGGGCUGCCCUUUUCGACCGAGAUUUUCGAGCGCGCUCUCUACGCGUCCUUCAAGAGGCCCAUCCCGCCUCCCCUGCUGCUGCUGACGUAUGUGGUGGCCUUCUGGCUGUUCGGGGUAGAGGUGCCUAUCGCCACCGGCACUUCCCUCGUUCGCAGCGCCCAGCGUAAUGAGGAGGGCGUGCGCUGGUACCACGAACGCGUGAAGCGCUGGCUUCACAGCGCGAUUCUCCGCCGUACCGCACAGGAGGGCCCCUUUUGGGAUAGCGAUAAGCGUGGCUGGGCCUUCAGGCGUGACGGUCUCAUCCUCAUCUCUGGAGCAUCUCUCUCCGAACCCCCCUCCAGCCAAUCGUCGGUGUGCGCGUGGAUUUCUAUCUUGGAGCGGCGAGCGGAAUUGGGUAGUCUCCUCCGGACGAUUCGCGCUACCCUUCAUCCUCAGGCCGCCAUGAGGCAUUCUCAGCUGCUCGUAUCGCUCCUCCUCGUCGCCAGUCUUGCCGCCGUGGCAACCGCGCUCCGCCACGCCUCCCUUCCUCUCGACGAUUCCUCCGCAUCCUCCGUCCGCUCGUCUCUCACAAACGAUGCGGAUCGAUCUGCGUCUGUCGCGGUCGCCCGUCGCCUGCUCGGUCUGUCCGUUGCUGACGCUGACGAUGACGGUGACGAUGCGACGCAAGGAACCUCCGUCGCGCCGCGUUUGGCGGCGGUGAAUGCGGAGGAGGGGGGGGAAAUGGCGGAGAGAAUCGUUGUUGCGCGCAGGGGUUUGCAGGAGGAUGAGGAUGCCGGGGAAUCGACCAGCACCAGCAGCAGUAAGCUGAGCAAGAAGAAGAAGAAGAAGCUCAAAAAGAAGAAGAAGAAGGUGAAGACGACUAAGAAGGUAAAGAAGUCGGUUCUUAGCGAGGACGCGGAGGAGGAAAGCGCGGCGGUAGCGGCGGAAGCGGAGGCGGAGAAACCCGAAAGAGCGGUUGGAGAGGAGGGGAGGGCCGAGGAGGGGGCGGAGGGGGAGGACGAGGCGGGAGUGGGAAGUGGUAAGGCGAGGAAGAAGAGUGGUGAGGUGAUAAAGAUGGCGGUAGGGGGUCGCGAGGACGCAGAGGAGAGUGAGCUUAGCACGGGCAAGUCGGCGAGGGAGAGCGAGGAAGACGAUUCCGCCGCUGCUGCUGCUGAUGCUGCUGCUGCUGAUGCUGCUGCUGGUGAUGCUGCUGAUUCAGACAGUGCUGGUGGCGAUGACGAGGGUACUGUGCAAAAGGCGAAGAAGAAGAAGAAGAAAGCAAAGAGCAAGUCGAGCAAGAAGAGUAAGACGAGUAAGGCGGAUGAUGAAGCGGAGCAAGAGGAGGAGGACGGGCUAGUGAGGAAGGGAGGGAAGGGUAGCAGUGCGGCGGACGAAGAGGACGCUGCUGCUGCUGGUGCUGCCGCUGCUGCUGUCGCUGAUGAUGCUGAAGCUGCUGCUGGUGAUGCUGGCGAUGAUGCUGAUGGGGUGGGCGUUGGAGUGACGAAGAGCUCCAAGAGCAAGAAGAAGAGCAAGACGAAGAAGAAGAAGAAGGUGAGCAAGCUGGCGGCAGACGAGGACGAGGAGCAGCGAGGGGACGCGGGAAGCGGCGAGGGCGAGGGUGGGGUUGCAAAGGAGGUGGAGAAGGGAGGUGGGGAGGAGGAAGGGGAGGAGGAGGGGGCAGGGGCGGUGAGCGUGAAGAGUAAGGUGGCGAAGAAACGAGUGUCUGGUGGUGCUGACGGGGAGGAGGAAGGGGAAGUGGAUGCGGGCGCAGGGGAGCCUGAGCUAGGGAAGAAACGAAAGAUCAGCAGCAGCAGGAAGAGCAGCAGUGCGAGCGCGGAGGAGCCUGGCGCAGAGGAGGAUGCAGAGGCGGCGGCAGCAGGCGAGGCAGCCGCGGAGAAGGACGAGUCUGAAGGCACGGCAACGGGAGGUGCUAUAGCGAAAGCAGCAGCGGCUGCGGACGCGGAGGAGGGAGACGACGCAUCCGUUAAGGACACUCUCUCAUCAGAGGAGGGGGAAGGCGGAGCGGUGGAGGCGCGGGAAGGGGAGGGGGAGGGGGAUGCAGCCAGUUCCAAGCGGCGCCCAUCCGCGGAGGAGAAGGUAGAGGCGGCUGCGGAAGCGGCGGAGACGGCGGCAGCAGAGGCGGCGGGCGCGGGCGACGUGGCAACGGUGGAGGCCGCGCAGGAGGACAGCGGGAACAGCGGCGUCGCAGACGAGAUCGUGCUCGCCCCUGCCACUGACAUCAAGUCACAGAGCGGGACCGGGAGCGGGGCGGGGAGUGGGAGGGGCGGCGGGGAGGCGGACGUGGGGGUGGUGGACGAGUCAGUGGUGCUGGGCAAGGAGGGCAAGGCGGCUGCAGCAGCGGCGGACGAGGGGGCGGCCGAGGUGAGCGUGGGAGAGCAGCUAGAGCUGGAGGCGGCGGCGCUGGAGGAGGAGGAGUCGCUCGCCAACUUCAUGAGCAACCUGCACGGCGUGCCCACCCGCUUCACGCCCACGCUGCAAGGCCUCCGGGACAAGGCAGCGAAGCACAUGGCGCCGACGAUCAGCCGCCUGGCGCAGAAGGGCCAUGCAGCCUUCAUCCACACGUCUGCUACUCUCCGCUCGCACAUCACGCCCUACGUGGGCGAGUCCUACUCGCCCCUCCUCGCCUCCGCGCUCUCCUUCUCGCUGCUCCUCAUCCCCCUCGCGCUCAUCCUCUACCUGCUGAACAAGGCGCGCGUGCCCAUGGCGAGCCUCAGAGCGGUUGCAGAGCCCAACUUCUACGUGCUGCAGCUGCUGCAGUUUGCGGGCUUCAUGCUCUACCUGGGGCUGCAGUUCUGGUCCCUGGGCAGCGCCCUGCGGAACAAUUCGAGGCAGCGGGACCUGGGGGCGGUGGCACGGGCGCUCAUCCAGUGCACGGCUACAGUGGCCAUCGGGCUGCACUACUACCUGGCGGUGUUUGAGCGCGCCAUGCUGGACGAGGCCCUGCGCAUGAGCGCCUGGGCGUACCUCGUGUAUGCGCUGGUGUUUGCGCUGCUCACGCUGCUCACACGGACGAAGCAGAUGCGCGAGGAGAUUGGGAAGAACACGUGA